UUAUCGUAUCGAUAGGGAGAAAGGGAGACGGGCAACAAACAAAGGCUUUUAAAACAAAGGAGUUAUAAAGUUCUCAGCUUUACUUUCCCCCGCUCGCUCUCUCUCUCUCUCUCUCUCUCUGUCCAUGACCAUGGCUCCGUCUUCCUCGUUUACAAUACUCACCAUCUCUUUGUUUCUCUCAAUUUUUGCUUCACAAGCAGUGAACUUGCAAAUACCAUUUCACCCGCAGGACCUUUUGCCUUUAUUGCCCAGACAAGUUUCGUGGCCGGUUCUUAAUUAUCUAAACAGUCCGGUUGAUCUUUUGCCAACGUUUGUGGGAGCUGCAUCGUCUCAAAACAACUCCGUUGAGUGGAAAGGUGCUUGCUUUUACAAAUGCAAAGCUUGGAUGGAGUUUCAUAACAAGACUGGUAGUGAAUUUGGUGGGGGUACUCUUCACAUCAAGGUUAGCAAGGCUCAUAGCUGGACUUGUAUGGAUCUUUAUGUCUUUGCAACUCCAUAUCGUGUUACAUGGGAUUAUUAUUUUUUAUCUCGGGAGCAUACACUUGACUUUAAAGAAUGGGAAGGGAAAGCAGAGUACGAAUAUGUGAAAACCAGGGGAGUUUCAAUUUUCCUCAUGCAAGCAGGGAUGUUAGGAACCCUUCAAGCACUGUGGGAUGUCUUUCCCCUUUUCACGAAUACUGGAUGGGGAGAGAAUUCCAAUAUUGCUUUCCUUGAGAAACGCAUGGGGGCUACCUUUGAACCACGUCCUCAGCCCUGGGUUUCCAACAUCAGUAUUGAUGAUAUUCACUCUGGAGAUUUUCUUGCAAUAUCAAAAAUCCGUGGGAGAUGGGGUGGUUUUGAGACUUUGGAGAAGUGGGUUAGUGGAGCUUAUGCUGGUCAUACUGCUGUUUGCUUGAAGGAUUCUGAAGGAAAAUUGUGGAUUGGUGAAUCAGGACAUGAAAAUGAACAGGGAGAAGAUAUUAUUGCUGUAAUACCAUGGGAAGAAUGGUGGGAAUUUGAGUGUACUAAGGAUGACGCUAACCCUCAUAUUGCACUGCUUCCUCUGCAUCCUGAUAUCCGCGCCAAGUUUAAUGAGACUGCUGCAUGGGAGUAUGCAUUAAGCAUGAAUGGAAAACCUUAUGGAUACCAUAACAUGAUAUUUAGUUGGAUAGACACCAUAGAAGGGAACUAUCCACCCCCCUUGGAUGCUCACCUGGUUGCAUCCGUUAUGACAGUUUGGAGUCAAAUACAACCUGCAUAUGCUGCCAAUAUGUGGAAUGAAGCCUUGAACAAGCGACUUGGAACUGAGGGCCUUGCUCUUCCUGAUAUCUUAGUGGAAACUGAAAAGCGUGGAUCAUCCUUCGGCGAACUGUUGACAAUUCCUGAACAGGAUGAUUGGAUGUAUACUGAUGGGAAGUCGACUUCAUGUAUUGCUUUCGUUCUCGAGAUGUACAAGGAAGCAGGACUAUUUGAUCCAAUUGCUAGCUCUGUACAAGUGACAGAGUUUACGAUUAAAGAUGCCUAUACACUUAGAUUUUUCGAAAACAACUCAAGUCGCCUUCCAAAGUGGUGCAAUGACGGGGAUGAUGUGAAGCUUCCCUUUUGUCAGAUUCGAGGCAAGUAUCGAAUGGAGCUACCAGACUACAACACCAUAGAUCCUUAUCCCCAUAUGAAUGAAAUGUGUCCAUCCCUGCCCCCAAAAUACUUUAGGCCACAAAAUUGCUAAACAGCUUUAACUUCUUGAAGAUGUUAUAUGAUGGUGGAUUUUAUUGGAGGUUCGGCUGUUGUACCAUGUUCCAUGAUACCACAUACGGAAGCUGCCAAAUUGCGCGGUUGGCUAAGGUUGUUUGUUGUAAAUAUGGUAAAUGAUACUGUAGAAUUGGAGAGCAUAGAUGUUAAAAGUAUAGUGUGUGAAGGUAGUGAAAACAUCAAGUGUUAUCUAGACAGAACUAUACUCUUUAAUUCAUUAAUUUUGUAUAGUCGAAGUGUUUCAUAUUCAGCUUAACUAGUCUGGUGUUUUGCCACUAGCUUUUAUUCUUGGAUUUGCUUCGAAGUUCCUUUAA